GCUGCGUCCGCGGCGCGGUGAAUAAUACGAGGCUGCUCUGCUGCUUCACCGAGCUGGAGGUACACCGCGAUGGCUGGUACUAAAAACGGCUUCGAGACGGCGACAAACGGGCCGAUAACGAGGGGUGACGAGAUCAGCGCGAGCUGAUAGACACGACCGUGCCUUCUCUGUAUCGUGCGAUCAACCUGCGAUUUCUAAAUUGAGCAUGAACUCAAAUUCUUCCACAGGAGACUGAGAAAGCCGCGGCUCGGUGGGCGCUUCGUGCGCUGAUAUGCGUGUCGUGAAGCGCUGAGGCUGAUCACGGGGCUUUCUUCGCUGUGGAGCAGAUCAUGUGGGUCUGGUGUUGCUUUAUUAGAAGAGAGACGCGUUUCGUGGCGCUGCAGGGCUGCGAUCAGUGCACGCUGAAGACGCGCUGAUGUGAUGAUCUGUGGAUUGCCUGCGCUCCCUCCUCGAUCCCAGCACCAAGGGCCACGACUCCAGCUGGAAUAAACCCCGCUUUGCUCACAUAGUCCAAUGGACAAUUGCUCAACGCUUCAGUUGCAGGGACUGGAGAUGACUACCAAGAGGAAGAUCAUCGGCCGCCUGGUGCCAUGCCGAUGCUUCCGGGGGGAGGAGGAGGUCAUCUCAGUGCUGGACUACUCUCACUGCAGCCUGCAGCAGGUACCCAAGGAGAUCUUCAGCUUCGAACGCACUCUGGAGGAGCUCUACCUGGAUGCCAACCAAAUCGAGGAGCUGCCUAAGCAACUCUUCAACUGUCAGGCCCUCCGGAAGCUGAGUAUUCCUGAUAAUGACCUCUCCAACCUGCCAGCCACCAUCGCUAGCCUUGUAAACCUGAAGGAAUUAGAUAUAAGUAAAAACGGCAUUCAAGAGUUUCCAGACAAUAUCAAGUGCUGUAAAUGUUUAUCAGUUGUAGAGGCCAGUGUAAAUCCCAUAACCAAACUCCCUGAUGGCUUCACCCAGCUCCUCAACCUGACACAGCUCUUCUUAAAUGACGCCUUUCUGGAGUACCUACCCGCCAACUUUGGGAGAUUGUCCAAAUUACGCAUCCUGGAACUUCGAGAGAAUCACCUGAAAACCAUGCCAAAGUCAAUUCACAGGCUGUCACAGCUGGAGCGAUUAGACUUGGGAAGCAAUGAAUUCACUGAACUGCCAGAAGUGUUGGAGCAGAUCCAUAACCUGAAAGAGCUGUGGUUGGACAACAAUUCAUUACAGACAAUACCAGGGUCUAUAGGGAAGCUGAGGCAGUUGCGGUAUCUGGACCUGUCUAAGAACAGGAUUGAGAGUCUCGAUGCAGAUAUCUCUGGGUGCGAGUCCCUCGAGGACCUCCUGCUCUCCUCCAACAUGCUGCAACAGCUGCCCGAUACGAUAGGAAUGCUGAAAAAGUUGACAACAUUAAAAGUUGAUGACAACCAGCUCACCUCACUGCCUAACACUAUUGGAAGUCCACGCGCCAAAUUAGGUUUAUCACUUUUAGAGGAGUUUGACUGCAGCUGUAAUGAACUGGAGUCCCUGCCCCCAACCAUUGGCUACUUGCACAGUCUCCGAACCUUUGCGGCUGAUGAGAACUUCCUGGCCGAGUUGCCCAGAGAGAUUGGAAACUGCAAGAAUGUGACAGUUAUGUCCUUGCGGUCCAACAAGCUGGAAUUUCUGCCUGAUGAAAUUGGGCAGAUGACAAAGCUACGUGUUCUCAAUCUGAGCGACAACAGGUUGAAGAAUCUUCCCUACACUUUCACUAAACUGAAAGAUCUUGCUGCACUCUGGUUAUCUGACAAUCAGUCCAAGGCCCUCAUCCCCCUCCAAACAGAGGCCCACCCUGAGACUAAGCAGAGGGUCCUCACCAACUACAUGUUCCCUCAGCAGCCUCGGCAUGAUGAGGAUUACCAGUCAGACAGCGACAGCUUCAACCCUGCUCUGUGGGAGGAGCAGAGACAGCAGAGGAUGACUGUCGCGUUCGACUUUGAGGACAAGAAGGAAGACGAGGACAACUCUGCAAAAGUCAAGGUCCCCCUGGCAAAUUUUGUUGAGAUUAAUCUGAAACGAUAUCCCACCCCUUACCCGGAGGACCUGAAGAACAUGGUUAAGUCAGUGCAGAACAUGGUGGGCAAAACCACUCACCCGCUCAGCUCUUCUGGCACCAACUCCUCUGGCACCAACAUGGAGCUCAUCAACAAAGACAAAUAUGAACCCAAGUGGCCCAUUGCACCUAAGGAGGUGACAGACAGAGAGGUUAAAGACUUCUCCAAGCCUCCGAUGCCAGAGCAAGCUGUCAUCAGGAACUCAGCCAUCGACAUCCCAAAGCGAAAGGACAAAGAGGAUCUAAAUGAGAGCUCUGAGAUUUCUUUACAUCGCGUCGUUCCCAAGCCUCAACAGCCAGAGAAUACGAGCCUGGCCGUAACUUCCUCUUCGUGUUUCUGCCUCAUAGAUUCCAUGGGAGGUUCACCUAAUGAUAUCCGAAUUUCUGACAUGAGGCCGACUCUGGUGGAGCCCCCUAUGUACAAGCCAAAGGUCGUACUGCUGGGAAAGGACAAAAAAGAAUCCACAGAUGACUCAGACCCAGACAAAAUGCACUGCUUGAACAACAGUGGAUCCUCUGCCACCUACUCCGACUACUCGCCCUCGCAGGGUUCCUCUGGGUCCUCUAACCCCCCUGGCAAUGUCAGUUCCCUCCAGAGUGCUGCCAAAGAGGGCCCAACGCAGACUCACUGGACUAACAGGCUGGCUCAGUCUUUCCCAAAGCCCAUAGAGAGCAAGCCCUUGCUCAGUCAGAGAGAGAUGCCCCCCUCCAGCACCCUGCAGCAGCGAGGCGAGAGGCGGCCACUCAGUGACACCUUCGACAGCUGGAAUGAUGCCCCCCACUAUGACAACACAGGGUUUGUAGCGGAGGAGACCCCCCUUGAGACUCCUAGUGGCAGCAGUGGAAACCCCAUGCUAGGCACGAAGCCUCGCAGCGCCUCAACUGCGCAUGGACGACGGCCUCUGAUGAGACAGGAACGCAUUAUGGGGGUCCCUUUGGAGCUGGAGCAGUCUCAACACACUUUCCGCAAUGUCCCUGACACUGAAGUGCCUCCUCCCCCAAACCCCUGGCAGAACUGGACGAGGACUCCCAGCCCUUUCGAGGACCGCACUGCUUUCCCCUCCAAGCUUGAACUCACCCCGGCAAACAGCCCCAACCCUGACCGCAAGGACUUUGAGCAGGAGAUGGGCGAACUACCUGGCACUUUCCCCUCUACAGGAGCCUGGGGCUUCCUGGACUCCAGAGACUCAGGGACAGCGCAAGGUCAGCCCAAUAUCUUCUCACAUGUUCAGGGUCGCAAAGAACCAAAUAAGGGCACCACCAUGGUCAUAAGCAAGAGCUCUGAGAGACUUUCACCAAUGAUGAAAGAGGUAAAGUCCAAAUUCAAGAAAUCUCAGAGCAUAGAUGAAAUUGAUAUUGGAUCCUACAAAGUGUACAGCAUUCCUUUGGACAGCUACAGCUCUAGCAUAGAGAAUCAAGGCAGUGUGGACAGAGCAGAUCUCCCAGGACCUCUAGAGCAGAGCAUGUCCAGGAGCCAGUCUGCUCCCAUGCUGGAUGAUGAUCUUGACGGCUUCAGCAUGAAUAAAAAUUCUCAGCAGAAACCUGCUAUCCCGAAGAAAGUUUACCAGUUUGACCAAAGCUUCAACCCUCAAGGAGCCAUGGACGUUGUGAAACCAGACAGGAGAGUGCCUCCACCAUUCCCAAACACCCCAGAAUAUGUGAAUCAACCAGGCAAGACACUGCCAAAGGAGCUUGUUAGCCCUCGAGGCUACCGCGGCUAUCAGCCAAUGGAGCAAAUGUUUUCGUUUUCUCAGCCAUCGGUCACUGAUGAUGCAAUUACUCCACAGUUUACUCAGCCCCAGCGCUCUCGUCCAGGCUUUCUGCGAAGAGCAGACUCCCUGGUAAGUUCAACAGAGAUGGCACUGUUCCGCAGGGUAGCGGAAGCCCAGGAACACCAAGUAGCGGAGCACUACAGCAGGCCUCAACAGCUCAAAGGCAUGCUAGAACAUCAGAACAGCCUGUCUAGCAUGGUGGACACUCAGUUCCACAAGAGGAACGGUAGGUAUGAAGAGGAAUACUCAUCUUAUCAAGAACCUAAAAAGCCCAUUAUGGGAUACCCCACCAAAAGUCUGACGCAACGGCGCCCUCUGUCUGCCCGGAGCUACAGCACAGAGACAUAUGGGGCAUCCCAGGCUCGCCCAGUAUCUGCACGGCCCACCAUGGCUGCCCUACUGGAGAAAAUGCCUUCAGAUUAUAAUCUUAGUACAUGCACUGAGAAGAGCCCUGACGCUGACACAAAGCUGAGACCUGUAUCCCAGAAACCAGAGGACCCGACCUCCAAAAUGCCAGUGGACUGGAGACAACAGCUCCUACGACACAUAGAGGCAAAAAGACUAGACCGGAGCGCUGUCCUUAAGCACAACACAGUAAACUUCGGCAUGCUGUACUCUGGAGGCUAUGCUGCACCGCAUGCCAGCAGAAGCAUGACAAUAAACUUUUACAAUAACACAAAGCAUGAAAACCAAACAACUCAGUGGCUACCUCUACCAAAUACACCUUCGCAACAGAGCAAUAUUUUAGAUAAUGGCCAAGAGGUGGUCUCUCCAACAACUCAGUGGGCCCCCUACUCACUGGGACGAAGAGAUGUACCACCAGAGAACCUGAAUAUCAUUAAAAAGGCUGCUAUCCAACACCCUCACCAACAGCAGGGCAUGAUGGUGACCUCAGCCUCGGCCACUCCACCCCACCGAACCGCCCGAGACCAGCAGUACGAGGGAGCCAUGAACAAGGUGUCCAUCCAGCAGUACCAGUCUCCUCUACCUAUGCCCAUCACGAGCACCAGUCCCAGGCCUCAGAGCGCCCGCUGCUUCAUCCAGACUAAAGGCCAGAAGAGCAUGGACGGCUAUCAGGAGCAGUUCUGUGUUCGGAUUGAGAAAAAUCCUGGCCUUGGUUUCAGCAUCUCAGGGGGAAUCAGUGGGCAGGGGAACCCGUUCAAGCCCUCGGACAUGGGUAUCUUUGUUACUAGGGUACAGCCUGAUGGACCCGCCUCCAAUGUUCUUCAACCGGGGGACAAAAUUCUGAAGAUCCACAGAGUUAGCUGAGGAACAGAUUUCUCCAAAGACCAGCUUCUCUCCACCUUCUCUCCUUUUACAGCAUGACCUCUUCUACCUGUGUGCAUCUCUCUGGUUCUUCUUCUCUUUCCCUGACAGUGUAUGUCUCUUUAUCCUCUCUGAGCUAGGCCUGUUCCCAGCCCUCCCGUGCCGCCCUGCCUCUCCCUGCCCCAGCUUGCUUCCCUCAGUGCCCUCUGUUCAUCCUCUGCUUCAUUCUUGCAUUGCAGGCCAAUGGACAUAGUUUUUUACACAUCGAACACGAAACGGCAGUGUCUCUUCUGAAGAGUUUCCCGAAAGCUGUGGACUUGGUCGUUUUAAGGGAGAGCACAAUGUAAAUAUUUUUAUAACACUGACUUCUUGCUCAAAAAAGGAAAAAAAACGGAACACAGGAACUUGUACAUCAUGUUUUUAUCUAGGAACAGUUUUGCCAAUUGCUGGACCAAUGGCAAAAUACUAGUGCCAAAUGUACAAUAGAGAACCUAAUCUAAUAAUGUGACAUAUGGCUUAUACGUAUACAUAUGUGCUGAAAUCUUACACUGGUGUGGUUGGAAUUCCUUUCUAUCUCUCAGCCUGUGGCUGUAGGUGGGUGCGUUUUUCUGCUUAUUUAUAUUGCCUAUUAUUUUGUACCUAUUUUUCCAAGCAGCUUUUCAUUUGAACCUUGGAGCAUGAAAGCACAUCCGCUUUUAAGGACAUUUCUUCAUCAUGACACUGCCUCAACUCUGUAAAUGCCUUGUGUAAAUAUAUACAUUUACUAGUAAAAUGUAACGUGGUUGGAGAGGAGAAUGUGAAUGAGAUGGUUUUCUGAUAUUAUUCCAAUUUUUUUUGUAAUAUUUAGAAAGAUUUCUUAUUUUACCCCUUCGCUUCAUUUCAACAAAUGUUUGAGACAUUUUAAUAAGCAGCCCUCUACUACCACAUUGGGUGUGGUGUUGGAUUGUGGCUCUCAAAAGAGUUUUGCACAAAUCAAACGGCAGACAAGAAUCCCAAGGCAGUAGAAGUCCUGCUAUUACUUUUCUGCAGCACCCUCUGUUGGUCAGUGUAGAGGUUAAUAAUACAGAGACAUUCCCUCCUCAGACAGGGUAAAACAGUGCACCAUUGAUAUGAACAUGAGCAUUUUCGUGUUUUUAUGAGUUUUAACCCGACAUGUAUCCACCAGGGGUAAAGGCCAUUCAUUUCACAGAUUUUUAGUCUGUAUGUUCAUUUCUUCGGUUAUAAAAGGGAUUUUCAUCUUUCUUUCAGUGCUUUGUUGAUGUUCUCCUGCUUUAAGGUUUUUUUUAAUCACUAUCUACUAUGAACAAAGGAAUUCCCAUCAUUACAUUAUAGAUAUCCACAGAGAGCUUUAAUGUUUAGAGCAUGCUUUCACUUUUUAAAGUUGUCUACUUAAGAAAGUUAUUAGGAGGCAUUGUGUUUUUUUAUUGAAUGUUUAGUUGCUUUACGUCACUUGGAGGUGUUAUUAUUAUUAUUUAUUUAUUUAUUUUUCUUUUCUUUCUUUCUUUUUUUUUUGGAAAAUUUAAUAAUCAGCGCAGACUCCACCUGGAAAGAAAUCAUUGUGAUAAAUGGUACCACAGUGUACCAUAACAAAUAUAUUGCCUGUAUGCCCUGGGCAUGUCCAAAAUAAUGUAUACAAAUGUAGCAUUCGGUGGUUUUGAGCAAAACUAAGACUGAGAGCCCCCCACCUCGCCCCCAUCCCCACCCCCACCCCCAACCCCAACCAUGUUUUACUUCAAAAAGAAAUUUAGUUAUAUAACAAGCUGAAGUUUGGAUGACAACUAAUUGAUAAAAUACUAUUGUGACAGAGCAUUUGAUAAUAUGAUUAUUUUUACUAAAUGUUUUCAGUAAUUAUUUCUAAUAUAUUGAUAUACUUAGCUUUGCUCAAAUUGUGAGAUUUUAUAAAGAUACAAAAACUGUAUGGAAAAGAGUAUUUAGAACACGAGAGAACACUAGAAGCAAACUUAAAAACUAUUUCUACAGUAAUUGUGAAUUUGUGUCAAACAUAUAUGUAUAUGGAUAUACAGAUGGUCAUUUUUGUAUGUGUUUAAAAUCCUAUUGAAUAUAAAAUCCAAUAUAUGGUACUAUUCAGUCUAAUUGCAGUAUUGAUGUACAUAAUUGUGAAUGAAAACAUUUAAAUAAUUUAUUCCUAUAGAUUGUGAAUGUACUCAAAGCUUUCUGCAGUAUGAAGACUUACUGGACUUGAAUGCUGUUUCAUUUUUUUGUGCAAAAAGUAAUUAUAUAUAGAAUAAUACAAUUAUUCCGUUUAGUUAAACAGAUUAAGUGACAAUUUAUCACACAAUUUAUUUGCACACGCAAGUUUACUUCUUCCUAUUAUUUUUUUUUUCUGAAUUAACACUAUGUAAUUGAUGAAAUAUAUAUUCUGUGUCUAGAAUGCAUUUUGCAGAUGCUAUCUGUACAUAUUUAAGAUAAAUUUUAAUAAUAAAAAAGCAAAAUAUAAAAAAUUUCAAAGCUGUGCAGCAAAUAACGGAGCCAUUUUCGGCUUUGAGAGUACAGAUUUUUUUCAGUAUUUAAGAGGUGUUUUGAAUAAUGUAUGAAAGUCUUUAUUGUACAAAUAAAAAGUCACUAUUGUUAC